GUAUCCAGAUAGCAAACUAGUAUACAAGAUAAACACGCUGAAUAAAACUUGUUUCUUUUUCUUAUUUCACCUUAAUCUCGACACCAUGUUUGUUCCUCUUUUGUUGCUGAACCUUCUACUUCCAAGCUCUCUUGCCGCUCCCUACCUCAACGUGAGAGACUGUCAAAUAAACGAAAUUCCCGCCAGUCUAUCUGGUGCUUACAUCGACCGGGACAAUAAGAAUAACGUAUCCUUCCGCUUGUAUUCUGAAGGAAUUGACACUCGAUGUCCCCCACUCAAUAAAGACCCUCAGAAGAACACAGCCAAACCUUUUACUUCGAAAAACGUUUACGAGUGUGCAAACCCUGCAGUCACCUUCAGUUAUAAUGGCGACGACGGCCAGCUCAGGAUCUGGAUUAGCAACGAAAAAGGCUCUUUUGGCGGUUUUGUCACUAUUUCUAAUCCCUCGUCGGAAGUCAUCUCAACUACCCUCAAAUGUCUGGAUAAUUGAAAGAUUGGGUAAAUGAGAAUCUGUACUAGUCGCAUUUAUCACAUUUUAUGAAGAAGAAAAAGGGUGGGCGUGUUGGUGGAGCAGAAUGAAAGGGAAGGCUCAGUAGUAAAUGCUAUAUUGGGUGUUUGUUCGUCAUUAUAUCGGCGCUAUUUCUUAAUACAGAGAACCAUGCAGGCC